CCGCGCCGUGCAGGCCUGGGAGACGGCCUCAGGGGGCCACUGCGAGCUGCCCUGCAUCCCCCCAGGGUCUCCCCCAAGCCCUUCCGAGGCGCCACUCUGCGCCAUGUUCCAGGGCCUGCUCGCUGUUGGGGAGGAGAAGGUGACCCAGGGACUGGAGUGGAGGGAGGAGGACGCAGGAGGCGGCCUGUGCAGUGUGCACGGCCCGGGGGAGAGCCUGGGCAGGGCACAGCUGCCCAUCUGCUGUGUCCCUCCUUUCCUCGGCUGUACAAGGACAGAGCCAUCGGGAGGACAGGAGAGAUGACCCGAUGGGAGGCCCCGUCCCCCUGAUGGGCACAGGAGCACCGCCAUGUCCACCACCCACCCUUCCCCUCCUGGCCCAGGAUGGUCUCCGAGCCUCUCUUCUUGUCCGCUGCUCUCUGUCUCUGGCCCCUCCCUGGGCUCUGGGAAUCUCACAGAAGCAGCUCAGGACACGGGUGGAGCCACCAGAGCCAGCGAGGCCCCGGGCAGUUCCCAGGGUGCAGAGCUCCAGGAAGGGGCCAUUAGUCACGAGGCCAAGCAGAGCAGCCACAGCGACAGCAGCCAUGUGAGCGUGGCCCAGGCCGAGGAAGCAAGCCAGGAAGACCCGGCUGAGCUUCCGUGUUGCCCGGACGCCCAGCCAGCAUAUAAGGGCUGCCAGGGGAGGAGGUGCCAGACCUCACCACCUCCUCCCCAGCACCAGCCAGCCUCAGCCACCAUGUGCCACACCAGCUGCUCCUCAGGCUGCCAGCCGGCCUGCUGCCUGCCCAGCCCCUGCCAGGCGACCUGCUGCGUGCCCGUGAGCUGCAGGCCCACUGUGUGUGUGCCCGUGAGGUGCCAGGUGGCCUGCUGUGCGCCCGUGAGCUGCAGGCCCAUCGUGUGUGUGGCCCCCUCCUGCCAGUCCUCCGGGUGCCUUCCCGUGAGCUGCCGUCCUUCCGUGUGUGUGGCCCCCUGCUGCCAGUCCUCGGGGUGCUGCCAGCCCCCCUGCCCCACCCUCCUCUGCAGACCCGUCUCCUGUAGCACCCCCGCCUGCUGCUGACCCCAGGCCACAGACCAGCUGCUCCCAGGGCAGGCGGCCACCCCUGCACCCUGCCAGCACUGGGGACGGUGGAAAGCACGGCCAGUGGCCCCUCUGCACUGGGGGCGAGAGCGGGAGGACGGUGCUGAUGCCCCUGCCCUGCGUGUCCCCGGGCAGUCCUGGCCCCAGGGGCCUUCUCUAAGCCCACGUGAGCUAAUAAACCAGCCUCCCGUUCGCA